AUGAUAGCUACAUCCUUUGUUCUUUUGGUAGCGGCCUAUGUGCUGUGGAAGCUCUCAGCAUUGAAGCAGGCUGGGAAGAAGGCAUCUGAGCCAUGGAAAAGCAACGAUGCCAAAACCGCUGGCCGUGAUGGCUUGGAAUUUCCAGAAAUAGAGCCUCUGAAUGACUUUGACUAUACCAAAGUGCAUCCUAUCCAGUACAGGCCAUUCCUUACAAUGCCUCAUGUUUCCAUGGGAAUUAAAAAAAUGUCUCGGAACGAAUGGAUUCGUAUUGACCAUGGCUACAUGAAUCGCAUAAAGGAACGGCAGAUGGUGAUGCGUGAGCAUGCAGCCGAUGCGAUUGGCACCAGCGAUAUCGUCAAUCCCGCAAUUGCAGAGCUCUAUGAAGCAAUCAUGGUCAAUCAUCUCCCACACAGGUUCCCUACAAUGUUUCGCAUUGAGGGAACCACAUUGCGCAACCUCGUUACAGGCAAAUCGCACUCAAUCAACAUUGAGGAACUCAGCCACGCCGACAUGUUACAAAACUUGGGCGAGAGCGUUGAAGAGGACUUCUACAUCAUGUGCCCCGACGAGGAAGGGGAGAUUCGUCUUCAAGGAUACAUUGCCUGUUUUCCGGGAGGAUUUCUGAGCCGGGCAAAGGUGGGAAUGUCCAUGAGAGAGAUCCACCAGCCGGUUCCAGGAUAUGCAGAGAGAAUUGGGAAAGGGGCCGAUCGUCACUUGCAACGACUCGCACCGGGAAAUUACAUUGAGCGUAUGAAUUGGAGUCUUCAGGUCGAUGGCUCAGACCUUUUCCGUCUUGAUGGCAAUAACUUUUACCCUGAACAAGGGGAAGAGAAGCCGGAGACAGAGCAAAGUGUUGAUCUCUCCACGUCUUAUCUCAGGGUAGAGCACCAAACGCUGAACCGGCUGCCCAAGUCCCAAGCGGUCAUCUUCUGUGUACGCUCAUAUCUUACUUCGCUGGCCGAUAUCAAAAAUGAAGGAAAUGGGCAGUCUCUUCUGAGUGCUAUCAAAAGCAUGCCUGAAAAGCUGGGAGACUACAAGAAGCGUCCAUUCUGGUGUGAGGCCGUAUACGAAUACCUUGGCGCACAGUAG